AAAUUUUUCACUUUUUAUGUUUCCGCCCUAGAGAAAAAGUUACAUGAUCGAUCCCCUGAUUGGUCUAUCUGCAACUAUCAAUCGUAAUCCCAACUCGUAAUAGCAACGCAACCGAGUCCGCAACCCGUAAUGUAAUAUGGCCUUUAAAGUUGUGCUACAAGGAACAAAUCUCUUUUAUCUCUGCUUGCAAAACUUUGCAGUUGUAGUUGAAUUGAUUUAUUUUCUUUAUUUUAUCCUCUUGACAGCUCCUAUAUAUGAUGCGUCAAAUGAAAGAAUACAUAAAUGAAAUUUUUAUUGGAAUAUUUUCUAUGAGUAUGAAAUAGUGUUUCUAUUGUAAGUAUAUUAAUCAAAAGUAGAGCAUACAGUCUAUCAAUAGGCCUGGAUAACAUUAAGAGCAAAACUUAUACUACAAUUAAUGAAAAGCAAUACGCUACAAUGGCUUCAGCGUCCAGUACAAGUGCACGCAGCUUGUUCAUCGAAUCAAAGAUGAGACUAGCAGAUAGAGUGCAAGUUAAUGUUAAUAACAUUGCUUCUCUUGCGAGACAGAUACAACGAGGUUCAAAGAGCAGUGAGAUUUUAAUGCAUGCAGCAAAAAAUUUUGCGCAGCAAGAACAUGGAUUAGAAAUGGUAGAAUCUAGUUUAAAGAAACUUGCACUUAUUAGUACUCAUUUAGAGUACCAAAUGGAUGCAAUUGACAAAAAUUCUGCACUUUUGGAAGAAGUUACUGAGCAAGUACGAUCCAUGCAACGAUAACAUAUAUAUAUAUAUAUAUAUUAACAUCUUUAUUUAUCAAAUUAGAUUUAUUAGUUAUAUAUAUGAAGGCUGUCCUUAAAGAAAUUGAAUUUUUAAAAAUAGUGCCUGACUGCGAUGGCAUAGAGCCAUUCGCCUUGUGGCAUUGUGUAGUGAUUUUUUUAAUAACUCUCUUACAUGGGCAAGCCAUUAUUAUUCUUGGCCCCAUGUUAUCACACUAGUGCGUUUUUUUAAAGUUUGUUUGGAUCAUCCUCAUAUGUAUAAAUAUUUCUCUGCAGGAUCUAUUUACUUAUUUAGUUAUAUAUAUAUA